AUGGCGUCAGAUGUAACGUCGUUUUGGUUUCGUAAUCACCGUCAACGUCAGGUUCGGCAAAACAACCUUAGGAUCGAGGGUUUGCAUACCACUCAGCGAUAGGGUUUUUUUUUCGCCGGAAAAGGUCUUACAGUCUCACCGGCCGACUAUUUAGAUAUAAAAUUUUGAAAAAAAUAAAAAUUAGAAAAUGAAAAUAGUAACAUACAACGUGAAUGGGCUGAGGCCGCGGAUUUCACAGUACGGUUCUCUCCUCAAACUUCUCGAUUCCUUCGAUGCCGACAUCAUAUGUUUUCAGGAAACCAAACUGAGGAGGCAGGAAUUGACUGCGGAUUUGGUAAUGGCGGAGGGUUACGAAUCCUUCUUUUCCUGCACUCGCACAUGUGAAAAAGGUCGAUCGGGCUAUUCAGGUGUUGCUACGUUUUGUCGGGUGAAGUCGGCGUUCUCGAGUACGGAAGUGGCGUUGCCUGUAGCGGCAGAGCAAGGCUUUACGGGUCUUAUCGGGAAUUCUGAACCGGGAAGAGAAAAAACGCCUGAAAUUGCGCCGGGACUGGAGGAGUUUGCAAGAGACGAGCUUCUUAAGGUUGAUAGCGAGGGACGCUGUGUUAUCACUGAUCAUGGUCAUUUCGUUUUGUUUAAUCUGUAUGGGCCUCGAGCUGAAAGCGAUGAUUUGGAAAGGAUCGAAUUUAAGCUCAAAUUCUUCAAGAUAUUGCAGAAAAGAUGGGAGACUCUGCUCUCUCAGGGAAGGAGAAUAUUUGUUGUUGGUGAUCUUAAUAUUGCGCCCACUUCUCUUGAUCGUUGUGAAGCUGCACCAGAUUUUGAGAACAAUGAAUUCAGAAGAUGGUUCAGAUCAAUGUUAUUGGAGUCUGGAGGCCCUUUCUAUGAUGUUUUCCGUGCUAAACAUCCUGACAGAGUAGGAGCAUACACUUGCUGGCCGCAAAAUACAGGUGCUGAAGAGUUUAAUUAUGGGACAAGAAUUGAUCACAUUCUGUGUGCUGGCUCAUGCUUACACCAAGAGCAGGAUCAGCAGGGCCACAGCUUUGUAGCUUGCCAUGUUAAGGAGUGUGAUAUAUUGACAGAAUACAAACGGUGGAGACCUGGAAAUUCACUCAGAUGGAAAGGAGGACAGCGCAUCAAGCUGGAAGGUUCGGAUCAUGCUCCUGUUUAUACUAGUUUACUACAAAUUCCUAGUAUCCCCCCGCAUAGCACUCCAACUUCCUCCGCCAGAUAUAUCCCUAUGAUAUAUGGUAUCCAGCAAACUCUUGUAUCAGUGUUGAUGAGAAGGCAAGUUGCUGAACAAAUCAAGUCCUCCCAAGUGUCGAGCUUAUCUCAAGAUGGGGAUGUUACACUGAGAAGUUGCAGUGAGAGAGAAAAAAGACCACUUGACACAUGCCCCCUACUUGAUGUACCCCCUAGCAAUAUUUGUACUCCGGGCUUUGAAUCUGAAUUUCUCAUUUCUAGAGGAGAUGAGUGUUCCAGAAUUUCUGUUGAUGGGGAUGGCUGUAAAACCUCAAGUGCAUUACGAAGUGACAAUAUUAGAAGAAUACCUAGCAAUGCAACGAAGAAAAAGGCAAAGAAAAGCCAGGGAUCCCAACUCUCCCUGAAGUCAUUUUUCCAGAAAAGCUCAACUCAUUGUAAUUUUGUUGACCGUGAUAGCGAUUGUUCAGCUGAUAGGGCAGAUUUACUAGAGACUAAACCUCAGACAAAUGAACCUCCUGUAACAAACGAUCUAAGUUGUAGUACCCAGCUGUGUGAAUUGAAAUCUAGUGCGUCGAGUCAAGAGCAGGAUGAGCCAAGUACCUGUUCGCAGGAGAAGAACAGUGUUGCUUUACUGGAGUGGCAAAGGAUACAGCAAGUUAUGCAGAAUAGUAUACCACUUUGCAAGGGCCAUAGAGAACCUUGUGUUGCUCGAGUUGUGAAGAAACAGGGUCCUAAUUUUGGUCGCAGAUUUUAUGUCUGUGCACGUGCUGAGGGACCUGCAUCUAAUCCCGAAGCAAAUUGUAAUUAUUUUAAAUGGGCUGCAUCAAAAUCACGAGGAAAAUGAACGAUUCUGCAAAAAACCUUGACCCCGAAGGAUGUCCGGCUCUUCAUUUUCAUCAUUCACUGUCUCAUCUUUUUUAUGGUGCCUCACUAACAAUGGCAUGCUGUGAUACAUGUAUAUUCUGUUGAGUUUAGCUAUGCAAUUCGCUAUAAGCGCCUCCUGUACGGUUUCAUAUUAUAAGGCCGUUUUUUGAGAAUGUUGGGAGAAAAUCUUUAGCAGACGCUUGUCCAACCAAAUAUAUGAUGCCCAAGUGUGCUAAAGUUGUCAAAUUUACAUCAAAAUUUUUAUAAUUAUUCCUUUAAAAAAACCUGGUGUGGAUGACGAUGAAGAUUGAAGGGCUUCUCCUCUUGCCUCGCACGCCAACACCUUUCAAUAACAAGCCCACUUCUAGGACUAAAUGGGCUUCCUUCGAUUGGACUUCGUUGGUCAACAAUGUUCGAUGGCGUUUAAAAAGUUUCCAAAGCAUUUGAAGACUUUUCCAGAACACUUGAGAGUUUCAAAGGCAUGUGAAGACUUUCCAGAACGAUUGAGUUCUACAAAAUAUUACUUCUAGUUUGUGAAUUAUUGAGGGAAUCUAUAUUAUUAUAGUCCGACAGAGACGUAUACAGACCUAAUUUUGAUUCAUAGCUAUAUAAUUUUAGCACAUAUAUUCCUUUCA